AUGACUGUCAACUAUGAUCGGGGAGCAUGCGGCGCUGUUGAUCGACCCUGUCUCCCUGAGUCGGCAUCUUUAGCGGCGCAGGGCAUCCGGCAUGACGGUCACAUCCAGGACUCUGCCUCGCUGUCGCCUUCAUACGAUAAUCAUGGAACAUCCGAGUCCAUCCUCAGCGACGACAGAUCUAUAUUCAAUGCUAUUAGAGUCAGUUCCUCGAGGGAGGAUAUCCGGUUUGGUGGCUCCGCCUACAACAACAAUCCUGUUCUGGAGCAAGGACUAGCGGCAAACAUGGCCAUGUUCAUUCCUACGGGUCACUCACACGGCGGUUCCUCCUUUGCCGACUUUCCAUACGACAGAAUACAGGCACAAGGAUCGAGAACACUCUGGUGGCGCUCCCAAAUGCGCUCGGAUCAGUGCUUGCAGAGCUCGCAUCCACCGGGACCAACUUCUUUCAACGAUGACCCAGCACUCGAUUCUGCUCGGCCGAUUCAUUGCAAAGCUGUUUCUCUCGGAGAUCGUGGUUUACCGGAGCCCAAGUGGCCAGGCCCCUUGCCAUCUGCCGUGAAAAGUAUUCAACCCCGAUACCCACCACCGGCAAGGGCACCAACACCCCCGGGCUUCCGUCUUUCGAACGGUGUUUCUACACCCUGGACCUCACGACAUACCCCUGGAGAGGGCUCACGGAUUGGCUCAUACGGCGACGCGGUGAGGAAGUUCUUUGGCCUGUCAGCCUCAUCUACAUCGCGUCCCGCCGAGCUCUCGGUAGCUGGCAUUGGGAGAGCCGAGGAUGGAACGGCUGUCCAGGGCCGGUUCCCUUACCGAACAAGCGGCCAUGGAAUGAACCUAGCCCGGCAGCUGGAUGAUCAUCCUUUUCAUCAGCGAAAUUUGGCUGUUGCCCAAUGUGAGAUGGUGGCGGCGGAUAGCGAGCCUGAGACGGAUGCUUCAUCCUCAAAGAAUGCCAGGGCUCACCUAGCCACUCGCACUCCUCAAGCGGCUUCCUCGGGCCGUCCAUGCUUAUCUUCGGGGGCGGCUUUACCGUCCGCACCAGCACCCGCUGUGACAGGGGUUUCACGAAAACUCAUCAAGGCUACCGCGCUUUUUAGCCCCCCAAGAAAUCCGGCACGGCAGAGCGGGCCAUCCAGAGUGGCACCGUCUGUAAGCCCAGCCGAGUCCCCUGUUGAAGGGAACAACAUUGGACGGGGUUAUCUUCCUCCCAAUCCUUCCCAACUUCAAUUGCCUCCUCUCACAGCAACCGUGGAUGGAACGGCAGCAGAGGAAGACUUCGGUACAGAGACAUUCUCUUCUCGUGAUCUUAUGUCCUGGCUCACAGCUCGCAUCUACCUGUGCUGUUGCCUGGGAAAUUAUUCAACUCAUAAAAGUCACGGUAACUUCGAGGAACCUCUGAAUAUCACCAGCUCCCUAGAAACCUACGCAACGGCCAGAAGCGAAUUCUCGGCCAUUGGCCCUCUUUUUCCAACGCGGCUCGGAAGUGAGAACCAGCAUCCUCGAUGGUAUGGUUUUCAGUGUUUGGUUUCGUCUGUGUCUGGUCUUGUGUCUCCUGCACGCCGGAUCGUGGAUCCGGUCCCCGUCUAA